AUGGCCUCGAAGGACAAGGACAUUCUUGUCCUGUGUGCCCAUGCUCUUGUGUUCUUCGCCCCGAACAUGUGCGAGUUGUCGUGGGCCGAGGCAUUGGGCGCGCUGCGCGACGAAAUCGACCGCCUCGACUUCCUGACAUUGUGCGCCAUCGGCGAGUUCUUCCGGGACAGCGCGGCGGCUUCGCUCAGGGACAUCGCGCCUUGCUGGGCCGACCGCCGCGGGGCGUCCAGCUUCGAUAACGUAUGGCUUCUAGCAUUGGACGAACUUCCCAGCGACGGCGCCGUGUACUUCUGGAGUCUCUUGGACAAGGCCAACAACGCGUGGGCCAAGCUCAUGGCCGAGGGCCAG